AUGUCUCCUAACGUAUUAGAAGAGAAUUAUAAUUUCUGUAAUUUAUUUGAGAAAUAUAUAAAUUACGAAUUUUUUCUUAAUGGAGAAUUACAUGUCCGUGGAUAUAAAUUUUCUUGUGAGUAUAUGUUUAACAAUUUUUUAAAAAGAUAUGAAUUAGAGGAUAUUUGCGCAAAAUUUAAAUAUUACUUCAAAUUGUUAAAUGACACAGAAUGGGAUUCUAAUCAAUGUACUACAGGAAGAAGUGCACCCGUUAGUACUGAUUUUAAUACAAAUGUAGAAUACUUAAACUUUUGGCUUAAUAAUAAACUAAAAAGUGGAGAAUUUUCUGAUAUUAGUGUAAAUGAUUUUUACAAUAAAAUAAAGCCUCAAAGAAAUUCUUCUCGAGGAAAAUGUGAUUUAAGCAACAAAAUACAUAACAUUGAAGAGGAUCAGUUAAAAAAUAUGAAAACGUUGUAUUAUUUGUACGAUAAGUACAAUCAAAUAAUAUCUAUUCGGAAUAAUAAUAUAGAACAAUGCAAAUCUUAUUCUAAUGAAUGUUUACAAAAGUACCAGGAAGCUGUGAAAAAUUGUUCUAAUGACAAUAAUAGUAAAUACUGCACAGCACUAAGUGUGUUUAAAACAAAAUAUGAGGAAUUAUCCAAUGGAUAUAUUUACAGUUCUUGUAAUAAGGAUAGUUUAAAAAAGCUAAUUUCUGACAAAGUUACACUAGAGGUAAAAACAUUUGGAGACUCAGAACCAAACAUGUUGAUAUCCGGGGGAUUUACUGAUUCAUUAAAACCAGGAAAAACAGUUUCAGUAGGCAACAAGAAAAAUAAUAAUGUUAUUAUAAUAUCUAUUUUGGGAGCAACAAUAUGUAUAUUUUGUAUAUUCCUUUUUACGUACAAGUUUUAUCCAAUGAGUUCAAAAUUUUACUUGAAUGUUAAAAGGAAAAAAUUAAUGCUAUUCAAUGAAAAGGAUAAUGAAAUAUAUGAAAAAGAACUAAAUUAUUAUGAAGGAAAUAACAGAGAUUCACAAAGAAUUCCAGGAAAAAUAGGCUAUUAUAGUGUAAUAUAUAAUUAA